AUGCUCAAGUGGCAUUCCGUCGUUGUUGUGCUCCUCGCGGCAUUCUCAUAUGCACAUAGAGCAGGAAUAGCCGGGAGCUAUGGUGACGACAAUAUUGAGGCAAACUUGAAUCUGGGUCCGGAUGAUGGUCACAUCUAUCUAACCAGACGCGAACCACUCGAAUGUCUUCAAGUCUCACACCCGGUCCUCACGGAGGAUGGGUUGGCCAGGAAUAGCGAGCUGAUAGAGAGGCAUGCCCCCCAAAGCUCAUACUCCUUUAGAUUGAUGAAUGCUUCCUUUGGGAACAGUUACGGCCGUCCUCAUGUUGCGCCGUAUACCCCACCUCCAAGCUCGUUCCCGAGGGUAUACCUAAACAUGACAGUUACCUGCCAGGGACACCAGUUCGACCGCCUGGCGACAAUGUGGCUUGGCGAUGUUGAGAUCUUCAGAACAUCGACGGCCGAACCCAUUGAGAACCCAGGCAUUGUAUGGCACUACACCAAGGACGUGACGGCGUUCAUGCCGCUGUGGAUGCAGAACAACACUCUGAUAUUUGACCUUGGAAAUCUGGUCAACGAGAAAUACACCGGGGUAUUCAAUGUCGACAUCACCCUUCACUUCCACGACACAGAGGUCAAUGGACCGCACCCCGGUUCUGCCCAUUUCAUCCUUCCAGUGUCGGCCGGCAAGGGCCACAAAAAUGAAUCCAGUGCCUUCGUGUAUCCUGGCGAUAAGGCGGUUGCCACCGUCAAGCUCCCGAGCGAUACCAAAAGGGCCAUACUCACUAUCGCGGCGACCGGCCAGGCAGAAGAGGAGUUUUGGUGGUCCAACCUCCCCGAGAGCCUGGCGGGGUAUUUCAAUGGCAGACUCCCCGGCGGUAGCAGCUUCCGCGAGGUUCGAGUGUUCAUCGACGGGAAGUUGGCAGGGCUUGCCUGGCCAUUCCCUGUCAUCUUCACUGGUGGCAUCGCUCCGCCAUUGCAUCGCCCUCUGGUCGGUCUCCAGGCUUUUGAUAUGAGGGAAUACGAGGUUGAUAUUACGCCCUGGCUCGGUAUAUUAUGUGAUGGAGAGGAGCACACGGUCAGCAUGGAGGUCCAGGCGAUCGACGACGCCAAGCAUCCCAACGGGGCGCUGACUCAAGUCAAGGGUCAUUGGAUUCUCUCUGGGAAAAUUUUUGGAUGGCGCGAAGGGGCACCCGGGAUGAGGGUUAUGGUAGGAGAGGAGCCGAAGACAAAUAUCAGCGAUGUUCUCUACAAACUCGAAGUGGGCAAGCCAGACCCAACCGAACUGAUCUAUAAUCAGACCAUCUCUCGGUCUUUCGAGGUCAGGAGCCAGAUACGGUUGCCUGUUGAAGGGGAUAUUACUGUUGUGUGGAAGCAAGAGCUACACAUGUUCAAUAACGGCUACAUGAAGCAGUCGGGGGCCUGGCACGAUGUUGAUGCAGGCUACUCCGGGUACGGCCUCUCCAAGUACGAUGCGAGUUACGGUCUCUCCACGGGGUUCAGGUACCCUGUAUCGACGACUUACUGGUACAAGUCGCCCGACCCUGACACCAAUGCCACCCUCACUGUCCUAGCAAGACUAAGGCAAGAGAUGGAACUCACAAACAUGGGUGUUACGCCAUUCGCCACUGGCAUUGAGCCAUUCCUCGAGCGGCUGAGGGACAAGAGGGUGUCUGGCACACACCUGCGAGCAGUCCGCGACGGCCAGGCAAAGUUUUCUCAGGACAAGAAGCAUUCUUACGGGUUUGGCGAGAUGAGACAGACGUACGAGCUAAGGGCCACCGACUCUGAGUCAGUGGACAAACCCUGGAACCCUACGAGGCCUGAUCUGCUCUAUUAUAGAGAAAUCAAGUUCGUGAACGAGACCAAGACCGGGGACGAAGAGACGAUCCGGGACCACCUCGUUCCGAGCGACAGGCUUGGCGUCAAAACGACUGGGAACUCUAGGAACCCCGCGUUCAAUGGAUGGGAUGAAUUCGCACCUCUGCAUGAGAAGAGUCUGGGCAUGAGCAGGCUCUGUGCGAAGGGGUGUCCAUCCAAGCCCGAAGGUAACAAUGCUCACCGCGUCGAGGUGGAUUUGCAGGACAACGUUGUGGAGCUGCAGAAUCUGCUGGCCAAAAAAUUAGUGUGA